AUGACAACUGAGGGACCAACACAAAUUCAAUUAGCUGAAUACAAGAAAAAUUAUAGCCCAAUUGGUUUCCGUCUUCUUUGGACAGAGGUCCAUUCAUUGAUAGCAACUUCGAGUGAUUUCCCUCUAACUACAGAUAUUGAGACUUCUGUUAGUCAAGAUGCUGAAGAAAGCUUUGAUGUUAUAACGAGUGAUCUUUGUCCAGGAUUUGUGUGUCUUGGGGGAUAUUUUUGUUUGGACAGUCAAAAUAGUGUUUGUGUUGAACGUAACAGACUUUGUAUUAACGAAACAUUGCGUUGUGAUGGAAUCUCAAAUUGUGCUGAGAAUGAUGAUAGUGAUGAGGAAUAUUGCUAUUCAAAAAAUCCUUUUUCAAUGUCAGCAUUAGCUUUUUUAAUAAUUAUUUUAAUUGUGCUUUUACUUUUAAUUAGUACUUGCUGUAUUAUUAAAAGUUUUGGAAAUUCUAAAAAUGAAAAUAAUGAAAGAAAAAUAAACAAAAAAUUGGGGGACAAGGAAAAUAAAGAAUUUACAUCCACAGAAAUUUUUAAUAAAGAAGAGAAUGGGGAAAUGAUAACUGAACGAUUUAAAGACAACACAAAAAUUCAGCGUAAUACUGAAGCUAUUCCUUCAGUUUCCUCUAUUGUUAAUAUCCAAACAAAUAUAAUUCCAGCGACACCCCCAAUUAUUCAAGAAUGGAAUCAACAAAAUAAUACAUGGCACAACACAAAAACAACAAAAAAUGGGAUAAUAAACAAUAAACAAAACUAUAUUAACGAGAAUGAACAAGAAAUUCUUCGUUUACAACCUUGCCUUUGUCCAAAGCCUCUAGAAAUUAUUUGUAAACAACAAAACGAAAAUGAACGGAAUUUUAAAUCUCAAAAAAUUAAAAAUAAAAGUGAAGAUAAUUACGAGGAGGAGGAAAAUAAAUGGAAUAAUGAAAGUACAAGUAUAUGGGAACAACGGAAAUCAUUUGUUGCAGAAAUGGCUGAAGUUAAUAAAGAUAUUUAA